AUGGCUUCACCUAGAAUCAUAGUUUCCACUACUUUGCUUCAAUUUUAUCGGGACAAAGUAUCUACCAAAGCGAUUGAUGUGAGCGUCACUGUUUCCGGUUUGCAUGUUAAAGUCCGUCACAACUUGCCCUCCUGCUUUACUGUUGAUUUUUCCUCAGGGCAAUCUGUAUCACCAAAAAAAGUACUCAUCACCUUCAACCCAUCAAUUGCUUUUGAAAUGCCACAGGAACAUUUGCAAAUUCAGUUCAUUGAUUAUUUUGAUUAUUUAUCGACCGGAAAAUUAAACUACGUAACCAAUUCAGUGACAGUCUUUAUUAAAAUUUUGGAACCAAAAACAAAACCAAACAAGAUAAAUCAUUUGCUCUCCGAACAACUGGAAUGCAGGAUUUGUUUGCGGGAGUUUUCGGAAGACGAUGAGAACUUGACCCCACGAAUUCUUACCAGAUGCGGCCAUACGCUGUGCUUCAAAUGUUGCUCGUCUCUUCCAGGAUUGUGGGGUACUGCGUGUCCGUUUGAUACAUUGAUCACUCCUUUGACCCCUCAAGAGCUGCCGAAGAAUCGUAUUGUCAUUGAUAUGUUAAGAGAGCUCAAGACAUCAGCACUUGCAAUCAGUGAAAUUCCAUCGAAUUCCAAUUGCUAUGAAAACGGGCACGAAUCUGUUCCGGUUGCAGUUUCACAAGUCACCAUCGCUCCUCCAAAGUGUCAGAUUCAUCUUGAUAAGCAUGUGAAGUAUGUUUGCAAGGACGAAACAUGUCAAAACGAGUCGAAACUGAUCUGUGAGGAAUGCACUCAACACAGAGGUCAUAUCAUGGGGGUAUUACGUGUCUGCUGCCAACCAAAUCCGGGAGAAACUACAAAAAACUGUCGCACUUCUCCAAGAGACCGAGGCGAACAUGUUGCAAAAAAUGAGCAAUGCUCGAAAUUGCAAGAGGAGCUUUGA